AUGCCGGUCAAAGGAGGUACCAAGUGCAUCAAAUACCUGCUCUUCGGAUUUAACUUCAUCUUCUGGCUUGCUGGGAUCGCGGUUCUUGCCAUUGGACUAUGGCUACGAUUUGACUCUCAGACCAAGAGCAUCUUCGAACAAGAAAAUAAUAAUUCCAGCUUCUACACUGGAGUUUAUAUUCUGAUUGGAGCCGGGGCCCUCAUGAUGCUGGUGGGUUUCCUGGGCUGCUGUGGGGCCGUGCAAGAGUCCCAGUGCAUGCUGGGAUUGUUCUUUUGCUUCCUCUUGGUGAUAUUUGCCCUUGAAAUAGCUGCAGCCAUCUGGGGAUAUUCCCACAAAGAUGAGGUCAUUAAAGAAGUCCAGAAAUUUUACGCUGACACCUACGAAAAGCUGAAAUCGAAGGAUGAGCCCCAACGGGAAACACUGAAAGCCAUCCACUAUGCGCUGGACUGCUGCGGUUUAGCUGGAGGUUUGGAACAAUUUAUCAUGGACAUUUGCCCCAAAAAGGAAUUGAUCGCAACCAUCACAAUAAAGCCCUGCCCUGAGGCCAUCAGUGAUGUCUUCCACAACAAGUUCCACAUCAUCGGCGCAGUGGGCAUCGGGAUUGCUGUGGUGAUGGCGCCCGCAGUGCGCGGCCCGCCGGGCCAGUGUCCGCGCCUGGCCCUGCGUUGCUGGGGUUCUGUGGGUCGCUGGGUCCCAGUCCCAAGCCGGGGAGAGGGGUUGGCACAGCAGGGGGAGCAGUCGACCAGAGCCCCGCAGGCGAGGGCCAACGGAGCGAACGGCAAGCGGAUGCCGGGACACCUGCUGGCACAGGUGAGCGGGCGUGAGCCCUGGGGCGCGGGGGCGGAGCGGGAAGCUUCCGCGGCCCUGAGCACCCGGGACCGGACCGCCUCAGGGGACCCCUUUCUCCUGGACAUUGGAGCUAUGGCCCUUUGGAGGUGA